AUGGAAAAUCAAUCAUUGCAAGAAGAAAUUAUUUUUUUCUUUUGGGUUUCUUUUCUUUUUUUCAUCUUGCUUAUCUUUCUCUUCUUUUUGAUUAAUUUUCACGUCUCUUUUCUUCUUUUUCAUUCCAUUACUGAUUCUUUCCCUUCUUGGCUAUAUUGUGAUGCUCUAACUUAUUUCUCUUCUCCUUCUUUUCCUUUCUCUUUUUUAUAUUCUUUUUUAUUCCUUUCUUCUUCUUCUUCUUCUUCUUCUUCUUCUUCUUCUUCUUCUUCUUCUUGUCAUUUUCAAUUUUUUCUAAUUCUCUACUUCAUUCUGUUUCUGAUUCUCUCUCUCUUCUUUACUCCAACAGACUUCCUUUCUUCUUCUUCCCACUCUCCCUGUUUUAUAGUUUUCUUUCUUUCUUUCUUUCUUUUUUUCUUUCUUUCUUUUAUUUAUUUAUGUUUUCCUUCUCGCCCAUCGUCUUUAACUCUCCCUUCUCUACUUCAUCCUGUUUCUGAUUCUCUCUCUCUCUCUUCCUUACUCCAACAGAUUCCUUUUCCUCUUCUUUCUUUCUUUCUUUCUUUCUUUCUUUCUUUCUUUCUUUCUUCUAUUUAUUUAUGUUUUUCAUUCUCAUUCCCUUUCCUUUCUUCUUUCUUUCUUUCUUUCUUUCUUCUUUCUUUCUUUCUUUCUUUCUUUUUUCUUUUCUUUAUUUUUUUUUUAUUUGUCUUUAACUCUUUUCUUCUUCUGUUUCUGAUUCUCUCCCUCGUCUUUUUAACUUUUCUCCUUCUUCUACUUCAUUCUAUUCCCUUUUCUCUCUUCUUUCUUUCUUUCUUUCUUUCUUUCUUCUAUUUAUUUAUGUUUUUCAUUCUCGUUCCUCGUCUUUAA